CUUCAUCAUGGCUCUCUUGAAGCACGUAAAAACUACCCAGGAACUUGAUGCUUUGUUGGAAACCAAAGGGAAUAGCCUGGUUGUCAUCGACUUCUGGGCAACCUGGUGCGCUCCUUGUCAUGCUAUCGCCCCCACAUUCGAGGCCCUCUCCCAAUCCCACAAGCACGUUACGUUCGUUAAAGUGGACGUGGACGCUUCGCAACCGAUCGCCCAAAAGUAUUCUGUCACAGCUAUGCCGACAUUUGUUUUCAUCAAGAACCACGCAGUGAUCGAUACGUUGAAGGGGGCAAACCCUCCCGGCUUGGAGGCCAUGGUGAAGAAGUACGCUGGAGCCCCACCAGCAAGCAGUGGUGAAGGUUCAUCUUCCGACAGUGUUUCACUCCUUGAACUUUUAGACGUGUCACAACUGAAUUGCCUUAACGAAUCCGAGGAGCACGGAGUCAAGGGAAUUCUCUCAGCCAAAAGGAAAAAUUCUUCCAGCUCUUACCUAGAAAGCGAUGCAGACGAACAGCUACUCAUUAGUAUUUCUUUCAUCCAAACAGUUCGGGUCCGGGCCAUAUCUAUCAGAACAGAUCCUCCCUCCUCUGGACCGAAGAAGAUCAAGCUCUUCAUCAACAGGCCUGCCCUUGGAUUCGAAGACGUUGAGGACGCCGAGGAACCUGAGGCUUCUCAAAUAAUAGAAUUGAGCGACGAAAUAGUCGACAAAGGGAGUAAAAUACCUUUGCGAUAUGUUAGAUUCCAGAGCGUCAACAGUCUUCAUAUUUUUGUCUCCUCGAAUCAAGGUGGCGAGGAUGAGACUAGGAUUAAUUCGAUCGAUGUAUUUGGCGUGCCAGUUCAGUUGAGUGCCGUUCAUCUCACCCCAGAUUUCAAAACUAACGAGGAAACGUGGUGA